AUGGAUCGAAAUCUUCCUGGAAAUCAUAAAUUUUGGUUAAAUGAAGAUGGUUCAUCUUCUAAUGAUGGAAAAAUCUUUAUAUUUGUUAAAUUAACGGAUUCAUGUAUGAAAACAAUUGAAACUUUUAUUAAAUUAAAUAAAAAACAAAAUUCAACAAAUAAAGGAAAUAUUAAAUUUAAUCUUAAUGGAGGAGAUAUAUCAAUUCCAACAACAAAUGGUGAAAGAAAAACAUAUUCAUUUAAUAUAUCACCUGAAGAUAAAACACCUGAAGUUUUUCAAUCUAUUAAACAAAUUAAUCGAGAUCAUCUUGAAAGUUGUGCUAUUAUUGAACAAAAACUUAAUAUUCAUGCACAAGAAGAUGUUUAUAGUAUGACUAAAACAAAAGUAACAGAAUUUCAAAAAAAUGAAGAACAAACAAAAAAACAAACGAAAGAAAUAGGUGAAAGUUCACAAAUAAUAUUACAAAAAAAAACAAAUAAAUCAUCAAAUCAACGUUCAUUAACAACAACAACAACAACAGGAAAUAAUCCAAAACAACAAAGAAGAACAAUUAAUCGAGAACAACAUCUUAGUCCAAAUACAAAUAUUAAUACUCAAUCACUUUCUUCCGAAAGACCAUUAAGAGAACGUCUUGUCCAUUUAUUAGCUGCAAGAACAUAUAAAAAACCAGAUCUUUUACUUCGAUUAAAACAUGGUAUUAAUUAG